AUGCCUUCUGCAACAAAUACAGCGGCAAUGAAUCUGAUAAUGCUUCUUGGUUUGCUUUGCAUUCAAUGUACAGUUUCACUGCUAUCAUCUGCUGCCGAUUGCUUCGAGACCAGAGUCUAUCAAGCCCGUCGUCUAGAGGAAGAGUAUUAUGAUCGGUACGAUGCACCCCGACGGGAAUCUGAAGGUGAUUACUGGGACGAGCCCAAAGAAAAUGACGGAAGAGGGGGAGUAUAUAAGGUUUACUUUGAUGGAGAAGUUGAUGCCGCUGAGACACAUCUUGAUUGGGAAACCUGUUCUGAUGGAGACACUGAAGCUCUUGUCCUUUUGCCUCCACCUUCCGUUGAGCGCCCAACAUCAAUCAUUCAUUUUGUCGGAGGUACUUUCUUUGGUAGCGCUCCUAAACUUUGGUAUCGAACACUUCUGGAAGGUGUUGCUCGAAACACGCAGAGUGCUGUGGUGGUGACCCCAAUUCCUGUAACACUACUCAAAAGUCCGUUGAAUCACGUCAAUCUGGGUAAGAAGUUGCGAAGGUCCUUCUGCAUGGCGUGGAGAGAUGUUCUUGAGGAUGAAUAUGGUGACAUUGAUGACAUUCCAGUAUGCGGACUUGGACACUCCCUUGGUGCUAGAUUGAUGGUUGUUUUGACAACACUAACACGAAACCAACCAGUAGACGUGCCGCCUUUUCGAUCGUUUGCCCUGAUCAGCUUUACAAACUAUGGAGCCUCAGCUGGAGUACCUGGCAUAUAUGCGCUUUCACGCGAAAGCAAGAUUCAAGAAAGGAAGGCUGAGGUCAGCGAAAGCAGAAAGCGUCAGCGCUCAGCCCGUCGAAGCCGUGACACAAGGUGGAUGGACGACGAGUUCGAUGAUGAAAUCGAUGAAGAAUGGGAUGAACUAGUGGACGAACUAGGAGGGAUAAUGCAAAACUCGGCAUCCAAAGUCAAGACAGCAUUAACGCCUAGAUCGGAUGAUUUAGAAUUCUUUCCGACCCCCGACAACUUAUGGAAAGCACUUGACGACAAGCGGUAUGACAUACCAGAAACCCUUGUAGUCCAAUUCGACGACGACGAAAUCGACCAGAGUGCCAAAUUGGCACAAACGUUACACAAUACCAAUUCAACGAAUGUGAAGUACUGUCGAUUGAGAGGUACCCAUUUGAGUCCGGUCACUAUCAGUGAAAGUGAAUCAGGUGGGUGGCUUGGCUUUACAUCUACAGCAUCCAAGAGUAUUGAGAGAAUCAUUAGAGGACAAAGCAAAAAGAAAGCCGAGGAAGCCACAAUGCGAGACCUUAUUUCAUCUCUGGCAAGGUAUAUCAACGAUGUUGGUGCAAAGUAG